CCAUUGACUUUGACUUGACUGUUAAGGUUAAGUCUUAGAUUGGUUUGUGUUUGUUAUUAAUUGAUGUUUUGUUUAUCACUUUGACUCGAAGUAUCAAUUAACGGCAAUGUUUGGAAAAUUUUAAUAUGCCGGAUAGGUUUAGGUGGACAAAGCGUUUAUUAGUUGCUGCCUUGUUUUUGAUUUUCAUACUUGUAUGUCGACAAAUUUUCGAAGAAAAUUUUCAAUCCAAUAUAUUCACUGCUAGUAGUUUUUGGAAACAAAUAUGAAACACAAGGUUUCUUAUUUCUUCAACCCAGAUGUGGGAAAUUUCCAUUAUGGCACUGGACAUCCUAUGAAACCCCAUAGGCUAUCGGUUAUUCAUAGCUUAGUUUUGAAUUAUGGAUUGCAUAAACACAUGUCAAUUUAUAGACCUUAUAAAGCAAGUGCACAUGAUAUGUGCCGAUUCCAUUCCGAUGAAUAUAUUGACUUCCUACAAAGGGUAACUCCUCAAAAUAUUCAAGCUUUCACAAAACAUCUAAGUCAUUUUAAUGUGGGAGAUGAUUGCCCUGUUUUCCAUGGUUUAUUUGAUUUCUGUUCAAUGUAUACAGGGGCUUCACUGGAAGGAGCUAUGAAAUUGAAUAAUAAAGACUGCGAUAUAGCCAUCAAUUGGUCUGGAGGUUUACACCACGCUAAGAAAUUUGAGGCUUCAGGAUUCUGUUAUGUUAAUGAUAUAGUCAUAGGAAUUUUAGAACUUCUCAAAUACCACCCUAGAGUUUUAUAUAUAGAUAUUGAUGUUCACCAUGGUGAUGGUGUUCAAGAAGCUUUUUAUUUAACUGAUAGAGUUAUGACUGUUAGUUUCCAUAAAUAUGGUAACUACUUUUUCCCAGGUACUGGGGACAUGUACGAAAUUGGAGCAGAAAGUGGUAGGUACUAUUCUGUCAACGUUCCUCUGAAGGAAGGCAUCGAUGACCAGAGUUACUGGAUGGUCUUCAAGCCUGUUAUAUCAAAUGUAAUGGAAUUUUAUCAACCCACUGCUAUUGUACUCCAGUGUGGGGCAGAUUCACUAGCAAAUGAUCGUUUAGGCUGCUUUUCUCUGAGUACUAAAGGACAUGGCGAGUGUGUUAAGUUUGUCAAGAACCUAAACGUUCCUACUUUGGUAGUUGGAGGUGGUGGUUAUACUUUGCGAAAUGUAGCUAGAUGUUGGACCUAUGAAACUUCCCUACUAGUGGAAGAGCAGAUAUCAAAUGAGCUACCGUUUACAGAGUAUCUUGAAUUUUUCGCUCCAGAUUUCACUUUACAUCCAGAAGUUGUGACUAGGACAGAAAAUGCUAAUAGUCGGCAGUAUUUGGAAGCAAUAACUAAGUUCACUUAUGAUAAUUUGAAAAUGUGUCAACACUCUCCUAGUGUCCAAAUGCAUGAUGUUCCUGGUGACGCAAUCCUGAAGGAUGAAAAAACAAAAGAGGAAGAGGAUCCUGAUAUAAGGAUUAGCCAAGAACUUGAAGACAAGAUGGUGGAAGCUAAAAACGAAUUUUAUGAUGGUGAUAAAGAUAAUGAUAAAGAUGAAGCAAUGGAAACUUGAAUUAAAAAAGAUUUAAAAUGAUUUGACUGAAAUUUAAAAGGAGCCAUCGAGAAAUUUGGAAUAAUUUUUAUUUUAGUUAUAUUUUAAGUCAACUCAACAAAAUCAGUAUAUUACACUUAUCAGCUAAAAGUUUUCAAGUUUAUAAAUAAAUAACUCAAGGUCUAAGAUGAACACUAAUAUCUAUUUCUGUUGUAUUAUUGAAAUCUAAAUAUUUCAUGGGUGAAUUAAAACAAUUGAAUUUUUUUUCAGAAAGGUUUAUUACAGUUAACUUUUUCACAAUGAAAUUAAUAUUUUUCCUAAGAGAUCGAAUUUCUAAAUGUACUUUCCUGGAAUUAAAACAUAUUGAAAAAACAGAACAAUCAUUAUAUAGUUCAGAAAAUAUUAGAAAUAAAAAUGAAAUUGUUUUGAGAAGAAUCAACAGAAUACAUGCAAUAAUCCUCAC